AGUAUGGGCUAGUGGGGAUCCAGAAAAUUAGUGAUCAUCAUGGCUGGUCCGAAGAAUCAAAUCCCCGCCAUCUACGACCGGGCAAUCAAAAAGUACCGCGACAUCACCGACGAGUCUCUCGACGUCGAGUUCCUGGCAAAAAUCCAAAAUGUCGACGAUCUGAUGAGCGAGAUCGAUGCCAGAAAUGCGAAAUUCAGCGAGUUUCGUGAGAAGCGCGGGGUUUUGUUUGAUGUUCUCAAGACAGCCCUAAUUCCCGUGGAACUGUUUGGGAAUCUUGCCGCGGGAGGCGCUUCCAUGGUAUUUCCUCCGAGCAGUUUGGUUUUUGGUGCGGUCACGUACUUGAUGAGUGCUGCAAAGGGUGUUUCCACCUCGUAUGAUGCCAUUCAGGAUUUGAUGGCGACGUUGAAGGACUUCACGAUCCGACUCAAGGCAUACAGUCAGGAGUUCAUCUCUGACGCCCUGAGCGACAAGCUCAGCGACAUCCUUGUGACGCUCAUCGAAAUCUUUGCUCUGUCGACCAAGACAAUUCGCCGCGGUCGGCUGCUCAAAUUCACACGCAACUUUCUCCUCGGAAACAGCGAUGCUCUACAAGCAGCGAUGGGUAAGCUGGACAAGCUUACAAGUGUAGAGGCUCGUCUUGUCGGCGCUGAGACGUUGACUGAGUCGAAACGGACCGGUCGCGUCGUCGACGAUAUCUCAGUGACUGUUACUAGCACCAACACCACCGUGAUGGAGACCGGGAUGACAGUCAACCAGAUGAGCUAUCAGGUCAACGAGGUUCACGAAAUGCUGAGUACGCUUGUUGUUUCAGCAAACGAGGGUAUGCCAGAAAGUCCGGAAGAUCGCGAAAAGUCGCUUCAAACAUUAAUCAACAAGAUCCUCCGGCCAUCAAAGACUGAUUCCGCUCAGGACUGGUAUGAGAAGAUUAACAAGGCUCGGAUCCCAGGGACAGGCGACUGGGUAAGGAACGAGGAUAUCUUCCAGGGCUGGCUUGAUAGGGAAACGCCCAUUAUCUUUGUUUCCGGUAACCCUGGCGCAGGCAAGUCGUACCUCUCGACAAACAUCAUCAGCUUGCUUCGCGAACAGUAUCCGCAGGGGUCUGAGAGUACAUCACUAAUCUCCGUGGGGUACUUCUUCUUCAAGGAUGACAAUCCCGACACGCGCUCGAUUCAUUUGGCAUUGCGGGAUCUCGCCUUCCAAAUCAGCAAGAGUGACCCCGUGUACCGGAAACAUAUUGUGACGAUCGAGCAAUACGAGAGGAUCAGCAGCCUGGAGAGUGCAUGGCGCCUGCUAUUUGUGGAUUACUUCCUGAAGAAGCCUGGCGUUGACAGCAGUGUCUACAUACUCCUGGAUGGUGUGGAUGAAGCCUCGGAUGAAGAACGAAAAAUCUUUCUCAACCUAGCAAAAGAUCUUUACGAUGCCCCGGAAAAAGCUCGUCUGCAGCUGGCUGUCGUGGGUCGUCCCCAUAUCAGUGACCAGUUGUUGGAAGGUCUUGAAAUAGAGGUCCCAACCAUCCAUGUUACGACGCAGAAGAACUCCAGCGACAUCAACCAGUACAUCCAUGCGAGCAUCAAAAAGUCAGUUGUCCUUCGAAGGGUAUCGACGAAAUUGCGCCAAGAAGUAGUUGAGAAAUUGUCUGCCGGGGCUGAGGGUAUGUUUCUUUGGGUCAAUCUCAUGUUGCAAGAGUUGGUGAAAAAGCGAAAUGAGAGCAGUAUUCGGAGAGCUCUGGACGAUCCUCCCAAAGGCCUCAAGGAGAUCCUUCGCCAUGUUCUUUCCAACUUCUCCAUGAGCUCCAGUGAGGAGGAACUCGAGUAUCUCAACGAGAUACUACCAUGGGUCACUUGCUCCCAGCAGCCGUUAACACUCGGCCUGAUCGACGCAAUACUCAAGUUGAAAUCGCCAGAAGGGGAUGGAAUGAUCUACCUCGAAGGUGCUCUUCGUCGACAGUUCGCUUCUUUCUUCACUCUCGACCGGGAGGAUGGCCUCACGACGGCGGAGUUGCAGAACAUGUCGACGAAACCUGCCAUUUUCGAUGGGUCUGAUGACGAAGCGGAUGGGGAUGAGGAGGCCUUUGAAGAUGUUGAGAAUUUCACCGAUUUCAACUCCGACUUGCAGACUACUACAGUCACCUUCUGCCAUGCCUCCAUUGGCGAUUUCUUCCGUGACGAAACAGAGAGCAAAGUGUCCGCCGGGCAAGGUCAUCUUGCAGUUGGUGUGAACUAUCGCGAAGCCAAAGCUCACGUCCUCAAGACCUUACUACGAAUUUUUGCUGACAGCGAGUUUUCGGAAAAGGCUGGUGAUUCAAGAAAGAUGCUCAUCUAUGCUGCGGUGACCUGGGUCCAUCAUCUUCUUACCACCUCCCCAUCCGAUUGCUCGCUUGAGGACAGGACAGAGAUUGCAAAGCUGCUGCUAAUAGUUUUCAGGUCCGAAGAAGUAAUCUCAGGGUGGAACGGUUAUCGCAGCUGGGUUUCAACAAAUGCCAGCAUCCAAGCCGUCCGGCAGUGGUGGAAACAUGACGAGGUUGUCAUGGCCCUCUCCGAUGAUGAACGAGAAUUCAUAUCAUCUACUGAAGAAGACCCGAUAACGACAUUCAAGCCAGUGGUCAUGUUUUGUGCCAAGCAAUGGUUGUGCGAAAAGAGGUGGAAUGUCUCUCCAUUAGCUGCCGUGGUCUGGAGCUACCAGAGCCUGAACAAGGGCAAAGAGGUUAACUUCUUGGAAACCUUCAACCCCAGUGCUGAAGAGCUUAUCGAAGCUGCUGAGUUUGGCGAUUUGGAGAAGACCGCUCUGCUGUAUCGACGAUGCGCAAUCGCUCUUCGGGAGGUCGGGCACUACGAUACGGCUCUGGAGUAUUUCACGAAGGCAUUGGAGCUGGAUCCAGACGAGUGGAUUACUAAAAGCGGCAUGGCGAUCACGUAUACACUGCAAGGCCAAUACCAAAAGGCGAUCGAAGUGGACGAGGAAGCCGCAAAGAAGAUUUCAGAAGAGAUCCAACUAGAUCCGGAGAAUGACGACCUCCAGCUGGGCCUCCAUACUAUUCUCGAGCGUAUGGGCGACAGCUACAAGCAGCUAGGUGAUCUGGAGAAACGGUUCAAGAGUUUUGUCAAGGCGUACGAGUGCAUGCCAUACUGCAACACGUGUAUCAAUGCGCUUCUCGAACAUCAUAAUAGCCACCAGGAUCACCAAGCCACAAUUGAUUUGCUUGCUCAGCUGGCGGACACCAUGGUACCAGAUGAGGACUACUCGCGGUUGACCCAGACGGUCUGGUUAAACUCCGACUGUGAAAGUCAUUUUUUCAGCUUUGCCCUGGAUGCCGCAUUGGCCACAGGGACCCUCAGCCUGAUGGUUGAGUCUUGGCGGCUUGCAGCAAAAGCGGCUCGCAAAGCGUUGAAAACGGUGACUGCGGCCAAUAUCGAGCUGGGCCUUGCUCGCAUCUACAGCGAGUUCAUGCAUGACCAGGAAAAGGCUGUGAAACGGUGGGAAAGCAUCAUAAAUACCUAUGCCUCGUCCAAGGAUGAGACCGAGAUCGGUAUCAUCAAGCUGCAGGCUUCAUACCGGCUCGCCCAACACUACCUCUCAGAAGCUGUGAAUGCCGGGGUCGGUACGCCAGAGGCUGAAGAGGCGGCGACAAAAUUAGAAAAGCUUGUGAUGCAAGCCAAGGGUGGCAGUAACCCCCUAACAUUCGUCCUGCAGACCGCAGCGGCCCUCUCUCUCGCUGUAUACCACCGCUUAAAAGGACAACAAACGGAAGCCCGCGCUCUCGUUAGGCCAUCCAUCAAACAUGGCAUCCACAUAUUGUCCGAUGAUGAUCCUGAAAACGACCUAGUGGGUCUGUUGGAUCUCUUGACUGCACUACUCGCUGCCAAUGACACGAAAAACAUUAUUGCCGUCGCCUAUGCCAUGGGCUCAUAUGAGGGAGAGGAGCCGGACGAACUCGAGAUGUGGUCGUGCGAUGGACCAUGCCAUCGAGACUGGCCAAAUGGCGAUGGCUUUUCGCUCUGCACCAUCUGCUUCGAUACAUUCUGCCAGGACUGUGUGACAAUGGUAGCCGACGGGACCAUGGCCAUCAAUCGGUGCAAUUCUAACCAUGCCAAGAGCUUUGUCUAUGUACCUCCACGGCCGAAGAAGGUCGGCAAGGGAUCAAUGCUGGUGGAUGGCGAAGAAAUGGAUUUUGAGGCUUGGAAGAACUUGCUGAGGAAGGAGUGGGGUGUCUAAUUUGACUCAAUGCGAAGCUAAGCGAAGCAGUGCCAGUAUUUGAUUUCAUGCCUUAGGUGAAGCAUGUCCGAUUAUAUAUUAAAGAUCAUAUAGCCCUCCCCGUACCUAAGGCUUCUAAGGGAGUCCUGCCUUCGAGCGCGCAUUUCCAUGAUGUGACGGGAGCCGUUACAUCUAGGUGUGCAGGGGAGAAGUCCAUGGGUUUGGAGGUCGUCGUGGGU